AUGGUUUUGGAAGAAGAGCCGUUCGCCCCAGAAAUCAUGGUAGUGCCUCUACCAAAAGGUGUCAAACAGCCAAUGAUAAAAGCGUAUGAUGGAGUCACUAAUCCACUUGAUCAUCUACGCACUUUUGUUGAUUUGAUGAGAUUGUAUGCAGCCCCAGAUGCAGUGAUGUGUUGGUCCUUUCCCUCGAUGCAAAGAAGAGAAGUAAGAGAUCAAGUAGCCACUCUGGCACCACGAUCUAUUAGAACAUUUAAUGAACUCUCCAAAAGCUUUGUAGCAUAUUUCAUGAGUAGCAAGAGGAAGAGAAAGACUGCUAUAGGACUAAUGCAGGUUGUCCAAGAUAAAGAGGAGCCUUUGCAAGAUUAUUUGGCUAGAUUUAGUUGGGCAACAUUAGGUAUAAAGGAUCUUCAGAUGUCGGUGAUAGUCACUGCAUUGAUGAAUGGGACGCGAAAUCUAGCUUUUAAUAUGUCACUCUCGAAAAAUCCCUCGGAGUUAGUGAAUGAACUGUUGAAAAAGGGAGACAAAUAUGUAGACGCUGAGGAAGCAGAAAGGGUCACGAGAAACCUUCGAGAAGGAAGGGAGCCAAAAACUCACAAGCGGAAAGAUCGAUCGGUCAAACAAAGACGAGAAGAGGUAAAAGCCUUCACCCCUCUAAUCGUUCCACGGUCUAAGGUAUUGAUGGAAAUUCGGGUCAUAAAAGAGCUCGACUGGCCGAAGCCUAUGGCGGCCUCCGCUAACAAGAGAGACAAGAGCAGCAAACAGAAAGUUGAUGACCGACCACCACCUAGGGUCGGAGUAAUAAAUGUGAUAACUAGAGGGAUCGUAGCAGGCGAAGACUCGAAUUCAGCUAGGAAGGGCUAUGCCCGCACUGUUGGGGUUUGCUCCAUCCAAGAGAAGGCCAGGGUAUUAGUCGAUGGUGGUAGCGCGGCAAACGUCCUCACUUGGGAAGCAUUUGUGGGAUUGAAAAUUUCUCCUAAAAAUUUGAAAGUUGUAUCCAACCCCCUCCCAGGAUUCAGAGGAGCCACUGUUAUACAAGAAGGAGUUGUAGAACUUCCAGUGACGUUGGGUACUUAUCUAGCAAGCGUGGUGAUCCUGGUAAACUUUCUUGUUGUUAAAACUCCCAUGGUAUACAAUGCAAUAUAUGGUCGACCCUUGCUAAAUGCCUUCGGUGCAAUUCCUUCUACGUAUCACCAAGCUCUGAAGUUCCCAACCAGCCGUGGGGUUGGGUAUGUGAAAGGCGAUCAAUAA